GGCGUGAAGGUGGACAAGAGUAUGGAGGCUGAAGUUGGAGCUCGCCGUGCCACGCCGUUGGGGCGAAAACGGCCGCGGGCGGGAGACGGGUGGUAUGAGGAGGCCGCGGGUCAAGGCGGCCGCGGGGCUGCCGCUCAGGAAGAGAAAGAGAAGGUCCGCCGGGCUCAGCACUUGGCCCUUCUGGCAGAGAAGCCCGCGGCCGAGCGUGGCCUGGAGGAGCUCGUCUUUGGGGACGUAGACGAUGGAGAGGACUUGUUGCGACGUUUGCGAGGCUCAUCCGCACAGGUCCCAGAUGUGGUCAGUGGUGAUCUUCUUGAAGGAGUGUCGAGUGACUCAGAAGUGGAAAACGAAACAGAAGACAACCUUUUUUCAUCUAAGAAGCCAGUGUGGGUGGAUGAAGAUGACGAAACUGAGGAAAUAAUUGACAUGACCCAUCGAUAUCGAAAAAACAUGAUGAAAAGUGAUGCAGAAAGGAAGCUUACGAAAGAAAAACUUCAAAGAAGACUUCAGGAACAAUUUCGGAGUGCUAUGGGAGCAACCCCUGCUUGGGCACAGAGGGACAUAAAGAAGAAAGUAAGAAAAAGAAAAAGUGAAGAUGACAGUGAGGAUGAAGGGGAUGAUGAUCUCUUACGCAAGACAGGCAAUUUUGUGACUGUUUCAGAUUCUCUACCAAGAGGCAUUUUACAGAUGAAAAACUGCUUGCAUGCUAAUAAUGAACGUCAGUCAAAUGUAAAACUGACAACUGUACAAUUCCAUCCUUCUGCUCAAGUUGUUAUGACAGCUGGGCUCGAUCGGUCUGUAUCACUGUUCCAGGUGGAUGGUAUCACUAAUCCAAAGAUACAGAGCAUUCAUUUGGAAGGCUUCCCAGUCUUUAAGGCACGUUUCAGUGCAGAUGGAGAGCAGGUUAUAGCCACUAGCAUUCGCAAUAAGCUGUUCUAUAUAUAUGACAUGAUGGGUGGAAAGAUUAUUCCUGUAAACCAUAUCAGAGGUUUAGAAGAGAAGAUUGUCAGAAAAUUUGAAGUAUCUCCAGAUGGGACAUUCCUGCUCCUUAAUGGGACAUCAGGCUACCUGCAUUUGAUAACGAUGAAGACAAAAGAGCUUGUUGGAAGUAUGAAAAUAAAUGGGAGGGCUGUUGCAUCAUCUUUCUCACCAGACAGCAGCAAAAUCUACACACAUUCUGCUGACGGUGAAGUCUUCAUAUGGGAUGUGAAAAGUAGGCGGUGUCUGAACAAGUUUACUGAUGAAGGUUGUCUUUAUGGUACAUCUAUUGCAGUCUCCAAAAACAGCCAAUAUGUGGCAUGUGGGUCCAGUUCUGGAGUUGUGAAUAUAUAUGCCUAUGAUGAUUGUCUUAGAGAAACUAGUCCUAAACCUCUUAAGGCUGUAAUGAACUUGGUCACAGCUGCUACAUCAUUAUCCUUCAAUCCCACCAGUGAAAUACUUGCAAUGGCUUCUAAUAAAGUUGAUGAUGCAGUGAAGCUGGUCCAUCUUCCUUCACUUACUGUAUUCUCAAAUUUUCCUGUAUUCAGAAGAAAGCUAAUAUACUUGGCUAACUCCAUGGAUUUCUCUCCAAGAAGUGGAUAUUUUUCCAUAGCAAAUAACAAAGGAAAAGCGUUAUUGUACAGGUUGAAACACUACUCAGACUUCUAAACUGGCUACUUUAGAGUGAGAUGGUGUAACCUGUGGUUUAAGAAUGUGGAUUUUUGGUGUAUUGCCUUAAUGUUUUUGUAUGUAUGUACAUGAGUAUCAAUACAUAGCAUUUUUUCAUAAAUUACAGAAA